GUGGAGACUGCCAGUGUGGCGCAAAAGGCUGAGGAGGACGAGGCGGAGAGGGGACGGCGGUUUCGGUCCCUCUCACCACAUCGGCGGAGGGAGGGAGAAAGAAAGGAGAAAGUCUCCGCCGGUCAGUGGUAAAAUCGGCUUCGCUCUGGCUCGGGAUGGGUCUGAUCUUUGCCAAGCUCUGGAGCCUGUUCAGUAAUCAGGAGCACAAGGUGAUAAUCGUGGGACUUGAUAAUGCUGGAAAGACCACCAUUCUGUACCAGUUCCUAAUGAAUGAAGUGGUUCACACAUCUCCAACUAUAGGGAGUAAUGCUGAAGAAAUAGUAGUAAAAAACACACAUUUUCUCAUGUGGGAUAUUGGAGGACAGGAGUCCUUGCGAUCAUCCUGGAAUACCUAUUACUCAAAUACAGAGUUUAUUAUUCUUGUUGUUGACAGCAUCGAUCGAGAGAGAUUGUCAAUCACAAAGGAAGAGCUCUACAGGAUGCUAGCACAUGAGGAUUUGCGGAAAGCGGCUGUUCUCAUUUUUGCAAACAAACAGGAUAUGAAAGGUUGUAUGUCGGCAGCUGAGAUUUCUAAGUACCUCACCCUCAGUUCCAUCAAAGAUCACCCAUGGCACAUUCAGUCCUGCUGUGCUUUAACAGGAGAAGGAUUGUGUCAAGGUCUAGAAUGGAUGACUUCCCGGAUUGGAGUAAGAUAACUUUUUCCAGCUAGACAGUGACCUAUCCUAUGUGGACAAAAAACCUCCUUUGUGGUACACUUGGCUGUUGAUGUAGCUACAUAUUUAACAUUAAACAUCUGCAAUCUCCAACAAGCAACGCUUGAAUCAAGUGCAGCUGAACUGAAACUUAAAAGUAUUUUUAACACUUUUCAAAAUGCACUAAUUUUGGACGGAUGAACAACUGGAAUUCUCAGUUCUCCUGACUACAUAAGCUAAAUGAUAAAUGACUGCCUUGUAACAAAAUUGACUGAUGACAAAAGUCUUUAUUCUUGCAACUUACAGUAACAGCCUCUAACAUAGGCUGCUUUUCUUCCUUUUUUUCAUGUGCUGCAAUGAAGCUUUAAGAAUGCCAGAGAGGAGAGGGUUUUAAAAUUAACCCAUUUACAAGUGAGGAAGUUCAAAUGCUGAUACACACUACAGAAGUUCUGUAUAACAUAGAAACAAUUAUUUAUUUACAGUCUUUACCUAUUUAUCUACCUGUCAUUGUCAUUUCUGCCUUGGGGAACAUAUGCCUUUAGAAAACUGUGUUCAGCUGCUAAAUGUUUUCUACAUUGGGUUUACCUAAAAGUCAGUUUUGUACAAGAACAGUGAAUAUGCUGCAUGUUGCUUGGAAGGACUAUAUUGCACUGUGUUUUAACAAUGCAAAUUUUAUAGGGAUCUCUAUAUUCCACAAGAACGCUGGGAUAUGGAUUGGGAUCUCCAAAAACAUUGUAUGAUAACAUGGUGGUGAAAGCCAGUCUCCUCCUAAUACUGUAUUUCAGAGUAAUCUGGUUCUGCAACCUGAUUCUGAGUAGUUCCUGCAUAGAAAUCUGUGUAAGUUUUAAGUAUUUCUCAACUGGAGAAAACCAGAGCAAAAACAUUGCUAAAAAUAAUCAACAGGGUUAGUAUGAAGCCACAAAAAUGUAAGUGGCAUUUGGUACCAUUUUCCCCAGGAAGAUUGUACUCAUUCUACAUAUCAUAGGCACAAAGCCUUAUUUUUGUGUGUUGCAAACAUAACUGCAAACUUUAACAAAUGUGCUAUUGGCCUUUAAAAUGCCACAUUGUUUUCGUGUUACACCACUAGUUGACUUCCAGAUAAUGCUGGUCUGUUAUGUGGAAGCAAACUGAAUGCAACACACUUGACUCUAACUGGAUCUCUCUGUCCAAACUAGGGGAAGAGAUCCUGAAGCUCUGCUUGGCUGAGGAAAGCAAAAGAAUACAGCUAAAAUGCCAUGCAUGUUCAUUUCCUAUUUACAAAGCCUUAUGGGAUACCUCUCAGAAGCAGGUUGCCUGCAGGAAGUGGCAUGGAGAAGGUUUCAGUUCCCUUCCCUAUCAGCACUGCUCUGAUUAAAGGCAGGCAAGGCCUGCAGCAGCUGUCAAGACAGUUUAAGAUGUUCCUGGCUUAAGCGGAGACUCAGGAGGAUCCAGUGACAAAUCUCCUAAGGCACAUCUGGCUUGGCCUUUGGUGUUCCAUAAAUGCUGUAAAGUGCUUGUAUUCAGUGUUUUCUUGCAGUGCCAAACAAUCGCAGUUACAGGCCACAUGCUGGCUGUGCUAUGACAUAUUGCAACAUACAUUUUAUGAAAAUGGCAAAAUUAAAUUUGAAUGGGUUCUCUUUUUUUUUUUGCUAUGAAAGGUGAUGUUUAAAGGGGAACAAAAGACUAUUACCAGAAGAGAAGCCUGGGAGAGGUAAAAAAGUUAUCACUUGGAACAGAGCUCAGCCAGAGAAGAUGAGGCUCCUUAGUACUGUGGAUUGAUUCCCUUCAAAGAAACAGUUGCCUUUUAGUAGGCUGGAGACCCAUUUCAUCCCAUUUGAACUACUUGAAUUGUACUAUAGUACAUAAGAUAACUUGCAUUGCAGCCUGGGCUUAUGAGAAAUAGGAACUGAUCUAUUGGGAAGGUGCAUUUCUGUUCCUAGAGGUAUUGGUUCAUUUUAUACUUGAGAAUGCAGGCACCUAUUCCUGUAAAAUCAGAAACAUGGUCAUGUCUGAAGCCCACCUGCUUCAAGAGUAAGAUGUAAGCUGUGCUUAAAGCCACAUGCACUUUGAGUAUGUUUUGCUAUAUAAUGAGAUGGCAUCAGCUUGCUUGUAGUCCUUAAGUAGCCCAUGUCAUUUUUAAAACUUGUAGACAUUUGUGAUAAAGUGGAAGGGACUUUUUCUUGCCAUACCUUCUCAGUUUUGUCUGUACACAUGAACUUUGCAGUGCUGUCAAUUUUACCAUCUUUUUUCCCCUAAGGGAGAAGGCAUUUCAGUGUUUUAAGGUGUAACUCUCGCUGUACCAUGGGAUGUAAAGAACUGUGGCCCUUUUUGGGCCAAGGUCAUGUGUCAGUUGACCUUUUACAUUGAGUAUGGUUUACUAGACUGCACCCUUUAUACCAAAUCAGCAGCAUUGUAAAUGUUUGUUGGGGUGAAUUAAAGUACUUGGCUGUGCAAAGUAGUGGUUAUCUUACACAAAAUUGCAAAAAUUGUUUACAAUGAAUGUGAUGCUUGUUGCGGGAGGAAGAGGAAGGGUCCAAGUACCAGUCUGCACAACCCCUUGCAUGUGUGUAAACUGCUUUUCACUUUUGAUCAUGGUAUUGCAUCCUUCCAGCUUUCUUAUGCUGUGCAGUUUUUAUUGUGCAAGACUGCUUCAAUUCCAUCUCUUGGAAGAAUGUGAGACUAAACAAAGUCUAGCAAGAGCAUUCUUAGAGUUGUGGAAAGAGACUGUGUUUGAUUACCAAAGUUUCUCCUUACCAGACGAGUUUCAGUAAAAAUUGCAUUGUAACUUGUGGUCUCUUAA